GUUACAAACCGACGUGAACGUAAACGGAUAACAAAUGACAUUGACCAUAACGAAAGCUACACGGAAAAAAUCAAUAUGGAUUCUGUAGUUGGUGAUGACCCUACAUUACCAGUAGACUUUGAGGAGAGUGCCAACAUGGCUGGCUUGCCAGACGUAACCACUGGUCCAGAUAUUACUACUGCUAAUUUCAGUGAGCACUUCCCUGAUGGUAACAUGCCAGCAAUACAAAAAAUCAGCAGUGGCAGAAUGUCUCCCAUUAGAGCCCACACUAUGAAGGAUUAUGAACAGCAAAUCUCAGAGCUGAAGAAGGAAAAUUUCAGUUUGAAGUUAAGAAUCUACUUUAUGGAAGAGAGAAUUGAGCAGAAUUUUGAUGAUGACACUAAGACGAACAUUGAGCUUAAAGUAGAGAUCGAAAGUUUGAAGAAAGACCUGAUGGAGAAACAGCAGCUUCUCAUCAAAGCAUCGAAUGCAGUGGAGAGUCUUGCACAUGAGAAGGAGGCACUGAACAACAGGCUGAGACAAGAAAACAACCAGGCAUUAACUCAUCAAAGGGAACGCUUGGAGCUGGCAUUAAAACAAUCACAACAGGAGUGUGAGUCCGUGAAGCGAGCCAAUGAAAUCCUUCAGAAGCGUCUGGCAGAGACCAAGCAGCAGCCAAGUCAAGAAGAUAAAGGCCAAGAUGAUAGUGCAAUGCAGGCCACACAUCAGCAGGCCACUCAUCAGCAGGCCAUGGAGGGGAAGGAGAGGCAAAUUGAUGAUCUGAAUGGUGCUCUGAAGAUGAAAGAAGCGCUGAUCACGCAGCUUGAGGCGGAGAAAGAGUAUGCAGUUGAUGAGAAGAUAGAGCCACUACAACAAGAGGUCCAACAGCUGAAGAGGGCACUAGACCAUAAGAAUAAUCAAGUACAGGCCGUCAAAGAAGAGUUGGAUAAAGAAAAAGUGGAAGGAAGAAACAGGGAUAGACAGUAUGAGGAAGCAUUCAAGGAACAGGAACGGCGACUGAAGGACCUUGAAACUUCCUCAGAAAAUAUGCAACAAGAGCUCAAGAACAAAGACAAAGAGAUCAAGGAUUUGCAUAAUACUCUCAAGAAAGCUGAGAAAGAAAAAAAGGACUUGGAACAAGAUUUUGAUGAGAAGAACAAGGAAGUGAAAACCUUAGAGAGUAACACAGUAAAGCGUGACAAAGCAAUCCAGGGUCUUGCUGAAACCAUCAGGGCAAAGGAUAAAGAGAUUCGUUUACUGUGUGAUCAAGCUGACGAACGCGAGAAUGCCCUCACUCAGGCACGCGAGGCCAUGCACAAAGCACAAAGGAACAAAUAUGAGGGUAUGGAGCAGUACCAGGCUUCCAUGGUUGAUAUGGAAGGGAAGUUGGCUGAACAGAAAGCAAAUCUGCAUAGCAAGCAAUUAGAAAAUGAGCGACUGCAAAAAUCCCUUGCAAGGAAGCAACAGGAGCUAGAAAGACUGAGGCAUGAUGGGAAUGAAGCAGAGCAACAUUUGAAUGACCUGUUGGAGCAACGAGAACUGACCGUCAGGGAGUUGAAAGGUCAGCUGCAGGAUGCUAAGCUGAACACUGAUGAAAAAGUAGAUGCCAUAGAGCAGCAUUACCAGGGAUUGUUAGAAGAUGCCCAACAACAGCUUCAGAAUAAAGACAAGAUCAUCCAACGAUUGACCAAAGGAAUCCAGGACAAAGAUAGACUGGUCAAGGAAUAUAUGGAACUAUCCCGAGAUGCUAACAAACCAACUCAUGAUGACAAUGGUGGAAACAGCGCUUUGAUUCAGACAUUGCGAGAGCGACUGAAACAACGAGAUAAAGCUGUGGAGGAAGCACUGGAAGAGAAGUUACAAGCUGUAGAAGCUAAGGAGGGUGAGAUACGUCAGCUGAGGGCAUCACUACGAGACAGAGAUAGGGAAUUGGAGAGAGCAAAUAAUGACAGCUUAGCCAACCAAGAUAAAAUCAAUCAACUGCAGAGCAAUUUGAAAGAGAAAGAAGCAAAGGCUAGACAACUAGAAGAAGCUGUGGAUGCACAGAAGCAAGCUACCAGGGAUUCUGAAGAUAACCAACGCCGUGCCAAUUCUGAGAGGGACAGCAUCAUCAAGAAACUGAGACAGUCUCUGGAUGCCAAAGAGACUAUGCUGAAUGAGAUGCAGGUUGCUAAGCAACACAAAGAUGGAGAGGCUGCUAAGGAGAGAGAUGAUGUCAUGGAACAACUUAAGAUGAGACUCCGAGACAAGGAUAAAAUGUUAGAGGAGGUCCUAGCAGAGAGGUCACAGGUGGCUUCAGCCAAUGAGAGAGCAGCUCAGGAUCUGCUGGAUACCAUCAAGGAUAAGGACAACCAAAUCAAGGAACUUCAUGACAGGCAGAACCGUCUAACUGCCAACAAGAACAACGUCAUCAAGGAACUGCAGAAAGAACUGAAUGAUAAGGAAUACACUGUACAGGCAGCAGAAGAGACUUUGUGUCGAGCUGAACAAGAGCAAGCCGUGUUACUCAAUAAGAUGAGGGCAGCCAUGGCGGAUAAAGACAAAACUAUCCAGAAACUGAUUGAGAGUGGUCGUGAGAAGGAUCGUUUGUUCCAUGAGGUUCAGCAGUCGUCUGCCAGACAGAGUCCUAGCCCAACCAUGAUGGCUGAACUGGCAGCUCUCAGAGAUAAGAAUAACGAGCUCAAGAAAACACUCCGAGAAAAAGAAGUUGCAUUGCAUGAAUUACAGACUGAUCAACCUGAUGGUGGAUUUGUGGACUCACUCAGGUCAGAACUGGACAAGAAGAACAAACUCCUGGCUAAGGCAAAAGACACCAUUGAUGCUCUGCAGAGGGAUCAAGAAGCAGGGAAACAAAUCAAACAAGAUAUGAGCAAGCUGCGUCGUCAGAUUAUUGAGCUGGAGAGUGAAUUACAGGCCAAGCAAGAUCACAUUGAUGCAUUGAUACACGCAGGCAAAGUCAAGGACAACAUAAUAAAGGAAAUUCGUUUGGAGCAAGCCAGUGUUCCUGUCAGAACUGCAGCCAUGGGUGGUGAAAACAGUGACAAUCAACUUCAGCAGAUCCUGCAGGAUCAGAUGCGUGAGCUGGGCAGACUAAGUGAUGCCCUUCGUGCCGAGAGGCAACUCUACGUCAACAUCACUCAGAGUGGUAGCGGGGAUCGAGAGGAAAGUCCUAGACAUCGCUCAGCUGAUAGUCUGACUAUUGAGUUAGCCGCUGUGCAGGCUCUACGGAGACAACUUGAAGAUGGGAUCAAGAGAAAUGAUGCUAUGAGGGAACAGUUGGAGAAGCAAAUGAAACAAGCUGACCAGAGAGAUAUGUCUCCUAGUACUGCAGCUCAGCAAUCAAAAGAGAUGCAGACACUUCGUCAUCAAUUAGAAGACAGUAGCCGAUGGAAUGCAUCCUUACAGUCACGUUUAGAUGAGAUGAGACAGAGGGUUGGAGGGGUUGGUCGGGACUUGGAGCCUGAUCAGGCCUCAGGUAAUGAUGAUCAGACGUCUUCCUUGUCACAGACAAGUGAUUCAGGACAGUUCUCCAGACAGACAGUCCCUGAGCUCCAGCGGGAGGUUGCAAGGUUGAAGACGCAGCUUCAAGGAGCUGAGGAGCGAAGAAGGUCUCUUGAGGAUGCCCUGGAUCAGCAGGAUGUUGAGAGCCUCCGAAGCAUCCCUGGUCAAGAGGAGGACUCACCGACGGUAGCUCAAACUAACGCCUACCAGAAACGAAUCCAGGAGUUGGAGAGGAAACUAGCCGAGAGUGAGCAGCUCAAGCAAGCAGCUAAGCAGCAGUUGGAAGCAUCGUUACUGAAUCAAUCCAGAGGAGAUGAAGAGGAAGGGCCAGUGAUUGCCAUCUUGAAGCAGCAACUGGACCAAGCCAAGACCCUCCUUAGAGAGAAGGACCAGCAACUCCAGCAGAAGGAGCAACAGAAUCAAACUCUGAGACAUCAUCUUGGUAUUGGCCCUGACUCUCCUAUCCAUCCAGGCCGGAGCAUGCUGGCUACGCUGCAUCAAGAGAACUCCAGGCUGCAACAGGAAGGGCAGGACCUGAUAGAGAAGAAUCAAACAUUAGCUCGUCAGCUACAGUCAUUGCAAGCACAUUUCAACAAACUCCAACAAGUCAAUUCUGCAUUACAGCAACAGUUAGAAAAUACCCCAGAUGUUAGGUCUACGCAGGAAGACCAUUUGGUUCCUGUCCUCAAAAACCAGCUUGAUCAAGCAAAGGCUCUGAUUCAAGAGAAGGAUCGGCAGAACCAAAUCCUGAGAGAGAUUCUGAGAAUCAGUCCUGACACGCCUGUCGAGGAAGGCAAAGAUUUCAUUGAGAAGUUGCAAAAACGGAACCAGCACUUGAAGUCCAAGUUGAACCAGGCCCUGCAAGGAAUUGAAGAUAUGAAAGCCGAACUGGAUUCAGUUAACAAGGAGCUUGAGCAUUUGAAGCAAGCCACUCCUAGGAGUAUCAAUCCAGAGAUUGGCAGACUCCAGAAGCAGCUGAGAAAUGCACAGAAUCUGAACGAACUCUUGAAGAAGCAUAUUGACUUGAAUAGUUCUCAGGAUGCAGAUCAGCCCCGCUUCAAUCCAGAGCUGAUAGUAGACAUGGCAAAGGAGAUUGAACGUCUCCAGGAUCAGCUCAGUGAAGCCCAAGACAAGCUUCGAGUUGUUGGACCUCAGACAGGACAGACACAAGUAGACAGCAGGAGGAGUCCAUUAAAGGUUUCUUCAGGUGAUGUCAGUGCUCUCACAGCCUUGCGACAGGAGCUUCACCGGUCACAGGCAGAACUUGAUGACCUGAAACGUAAAUACCGAACACUUCAAGUUAAACUCCAGGCUACUGAGGGAACAGUACAUCACCAAGCUGCCCGCAUUAACCGUUAUCGUAGAGAGAUGCAUAACGCUGGUUUGGCUCCCCCGUCAACUCCAAAGAGAGUUCACAGCGACUCAAAUUUAUUACACAGCAGUACUUCCUUGGGUGGUCCACGUGGAUUGUCAGGUAUUACCCUUGGAAUGUUUGAAGAAGGUGACAGCUCUGCAUCCAGUCCCUGUCCAUCAGAGAGAGGUCUGGAUGAGGAGUCAUUUAGUGAAUUCGGAAAUACUAACAAUGUGGAGGACCUGAAAGAGCAAAUAACGUUGCUGAAAAACCAAGUUGACCGAUACAAGCGCAUCAUCAGACACCUCCAGAGACGUCUUCGGAGUGAGGAGCGGUCGCGGAGUCCCAACAGAGCUCCAAGUCCCAUGAGUGAAAGCAGCUCAAGUGGAUGGUUUGAACUUACAGCCAAUCAAGAUGCCUUUGAGCGGCUCAAGCAGGAGGUUGAAAACUUGCAGGCACAGCUUCAGGAAACAAAUGAUGUCAAUGCAACCCUCAAGACGAUGAACAGUCAGCUGCAAGAACAGCUCCAGGUUGUUGAUGCUGCUGCAGCCUCCAGGGGGCGCUGCAUCAGCGAUGAAAUGCUGAAAGCUCAAGGAGAGGAGACAGAGCUGCUUAAAAAGCAGUUGCAUGAAUCUCAAGGAGUGUGUGAGAUGCUGAAGUCCAUGCUGAAUGAGGCCAUGACAGCAAUGGAGGAAGUGAUGGAGAAACAUGGAAAAGAUUCUGAGAAGGGAAGUAACAUCUCACCGAGCAAGAUCAGCCAUGUGCAGUAUAAGAUGCAGAAGAGCAGAGACCUGGCAGAGAAACUCAAUCAAGUUCUAGAAGAGCCUGUACACCCUGCAAAAACUAAAUUUGUCGAUGUUAGUACCAGACCACUUUACUCUGACAGCCUUGAAGCUAAAGACAAAGAGAUCACGCGAUUGAAGAAGGAACUGAAGGACCGGAAGCAGUUGAACCACAAACUAAGAGAUUUAGUGACAGACAACCAAAGAGUUGCAGAGGAGACGAGACAAGACCUGCACAGGUUGUCCAAAGAGGUUGAAGAGAAAAAUGAAAAAAUCUCUGAGCUUCACAGUCAGCUGCGAGAAUCCAUGAGGGCCUCUGCUAGAAGGGCUCCCUCUAGUGAUGCACAGCAUUCCACAGAGACAUUAGACCCAAGAUGCAGUGGACCUAGACAGGGAUUGUUUGAGUUUGAUGAUGGUGAUGUUGACUUCCCUGAUUUCGGACAGCUGAGUGGUCCAAGGGAACAUGAGACACGGGGAUCAGCAGCAGGCCAAUCAGAACCUUUCACAUCCACUCAGAGAACCCCUGCAAUAUCCAAGACCAAAACGGUGUCGACUCAAACUAUGCCUUAUCAACCAGUCACCUAUCAGGACACAACAUCAGAGCUAACACAAAUGCGAUCAAAAUUGCUAGAUGUUAACAGACUCAACUCAGCUCUGCGAGCUGAGCUGGAAAUUUACAAGUCAGCCAUUGGGGAUGGAGAGAUUGUGAAAAGUACCGGACAAGGAGAUGGUAAGCAGGAUCCUAAUGAUGUCUUGAAGGAACAUCUUGAGGAGCUGAGACAGCUCAGGAAGAAACUAGAAGAAUCCAUUAGGGUGAAUGAUCGACUGAGAGAGCAGUUAGAAGCCAAGUUGGCUGGCAUGGGACAGCAACAAGAGGGAGCCACUAUCAUUCAUCUGGAACAAACAAACAUAGAACUGACAGAACACAACAGCUCACUGAAGAUGAAGCUAGCUGAGAAGGAACAUACCGUUAAGGAAUUGAGGGGUGAGCUACAGAAGACAGCUUCACUCAGGAUAGAACUUAAUGAGAAGGAUCGUACUAUUCAGGACUUGAGGAGUGACCUUCAGCAUGUCAACUCACUAAAGACUGAAAUCACAGAGAAGGAUCGUACCAUUGAGGACUUAAGGGAGGAACUUUAUCAGAUUCGUUCAUCAAGAGUCAAAGAUCUUGAGAAAGACAGUACCAUUACAGACCUGAGGAGUGACCUUAGGUUAGCCAAGAGAGAAGCAGAAAGAUACCAAGCUGAGAAUCAAAGGCUGAAGGAUCAGAUUGAAGAGAAUACUCAUCUAGCUGAGUCACUGAGAUUUGAGUUGAGUGUCUAUGAGCACCUGCAUACCAAAGAUGAUUCAACCAAGACAAGUCUUGGAGGGACAAGCCCCAGACUACACAUGAUGACAGACCGGACCACAGGACUUGAUCUGUCUGAGCUCCUGAAAGAGAUGAGACAUCUACGCAUUCAGCUAGAAUGCAGCAUCAGCACUAAUAAUGCUUUGAGAUUGAGACUAGAAGAGAUGAUGAAGACCACAUCACCAAAAGAUACUCAAAAGACAUCGCUAACGACUGUUACCAUGACAACCACAUCAAACAGAGAUUCUUGGACAUCAGUGGAUGGGGUUGGCAGGAUGCAGACUGGAAGGACAUUUACUCCUAGACAGCUCUUUAAAGGUGAUGUUUUAAAACAUCAUGUAGCCUGUCAGACAUCAAGUCAAGCUACCUCCUACCUCUGUCUGAGUGAUGGUAUGCUACAAGAUGAAGAGUAUUACUCAAUACCAGGUGUGACACCCUUACGUAAUGCCACCGGCAUACAGAAUGGUGAUAAGGCCCAUCCUGCUGAGGGUAGUGAGGGCGAUAUUCAUGCUAUUGGUACUUUGCCAACUUACGAGGCACUACGAGAGAACCUCCACAGAGGAAGAAUCCUUGUCAACCUGAUUGAUACACGACUAACGGAACUGAUCAGGUUGCAUCCAGAGUCCUCCAAGGACCUGAAAGAUCUAGCCAAGGAAGUCCAUAGCCUCAAAUCUCAUCUGGAUCAGUGUAACAAUCAGCUGGCCAGGUUUUGGAAGGGUCGUCUACCUCAGGGUGAUCAGGUAGCUAGGCUGAGGCGACGACUCAGGGCACAGGAUGAUUUGAUGAAGGAGGCCCUCCAGAGGCUGUCGACAUCCAAUCGACUCAAGGAGGACAUGGAACUGGCUCUCAUUCAGCAAUUGUCCCAGACACAUGAUGUGUUGCGGCAAGCAAGAGGAAAUCUUGAGGCUCAUUCAACCACUAGUUCCUCCACACUGCCUUAAUGAAGCAUUGAAAGGUCUGCACCAGACAACACUUAACAACGUCAUAGACAACUGAUGAACCUGCGGUCUCCCUGACUUAAAGUCUCUCCUUGUCUCCAGAGUAGUGAAACCUGGUUGUUACUUGUGUCGUGUUUUUUAAUUGUCCAUAUGAAGAAAGUUGUUUUCUGUUGUAAGCAGGAGACUGUUCAGAAUGAUUUUUUUUCAAAAGUGCACCUGAUAUUCAGUAGAGUAAUCUUGCCACAGGUGGUUUUUUUAAUUAGCUUAGAUUUUAGGAUACCUUUUGAGGCAUUGCAGUUGUAGUGAUUAGUUUUUGAUAAACCACUCAAGUCUGGUCAUAAUGUACUCACUUCUGGCAGAAUGAUUUAUUGAAGGUGUACCCCAGAAUCAAAGUUUGCUUCACCUUUGUAUACACAGAGUUAUUCACAACUAUGGAUGUUCAUGUUCUGUGUUUGGUUGUAUAUGUCAUGUGGGACAGGACUGGUUUUCCUCAUUUUCACCUACAUGUAUAAUCAAUUCCAUACCAAUAUCUUCAAUGUACAUGUACUUUAUAGUAUUAGUUUUUGCUGAUUGCAUUCAAAUUCUUAAAUCACUCCUUAAUCAAAUUGUACCCAAUGUUUUCAGCCUUUAAUUGAAAUUGCAAUAGCGGUAAACAGGUGUUAUGUUCCUAAGUACAUGUAUACAGUACCAUUGGUCAGUGCAGAUUCUUUUCCUGUGUAUACAGUGCCAUUGGUCAGUGCAAAUUCUUUUCCUGUGUGUACAGUGCCAUUGGUCAGUGCAAAUGCUUUUCCUGUGUAUACAGUGCCAUUGGUCAGUGCAAAUUCUUUAAUUACUUAAUACAUGUAGUUCAGUUUGCUUUUUUCAAAGCUGACAUGUACAACUAUGGUGUUACACAGUGUGCUUGCUGUAAGGUAAAGUUGGUUGAUAGGAAUAUUCCCUCUUUUUUGUGAACUCAAAUCUGAUUAUUUAUGGUACUUUUAAAAUGAAAAUAGCUUGUGCAAUAAAAAAAAUUUAAUAAUGGAAAAAUUGAAGGAAAAUUACUGAAAAAGUACACCUGCUCACUAGUGCUUAGAAAACUUUUGGCCCAUAUGAAAAAAAAAAGAAAUAUGUUCUCAUAUCCAUUACUAAGCUAAAAUAAAAUUGUAGAUUAUCACAUGCUUUUUUUCAAUACGUUUGUGAUUUUUUUUGGGGGGCUCUUUUAUAAAACGUACAUGUACUUAUUACACUUUUGUCUGCAUAUGGAACUUUUUGUGUGUUAUGCUGUCAUCUAGUGAUAUAUGAAGGGUUGUAGAGAUGCUUUGGAGAAUUCAAUUUGUGACCUCACCGUAAAUGUUACAUGAACCAGUUUUAGAAGCAGUUGAUUUUGGGAUGUGACCAGUUUGUGACUACAACAAAUUAUUGUAGUAGGACACCAUAGAAAAGGCAUAGCUUCACAUUUGUGAGGGUGGAGGCCACUGCAGGUGUGUAGGGUUCUGGUGUGUAGUGCCACUGCAGUUUUUAACCAAUAGUGCUCCAGUUUGUCGUUAGUGGUUUUUCUGCCACAGCCUGAACUAAGAUCAGUGCACCUGAUUGGGACAUGGAAGAAAAACAAGUGUGCAGCCCACAAUGUAACCUUAAAUUUUUUUUUUUUCUGUUCCCUUUCUUUUUCAGUUUAUGGUUACUGGAAAUUUUUUUUUUUCAAUUUUUGUUUCCCGGAACCCUUUGUUAUGUAAAAAUGAGUUAGAAUUGAUGGUGUCCUGAGAACUAAUUUUUCUAGCUGCAGUGCCUUAGGUAAUUCCUCAAAUGAUUUACAUUAAUUUCUAGGAAAUGGUACUGAACACCGUUUAGCGAUAUACUUAAAUUAGAGAGCCUGAUUCUAAGCUGUAUAUUUGUGAAAACAAAAUCUCUGGAACUGGCUGAUGUAUUUGAUUCUGAAAUUGAAAAUACAUACAUGGAAAAGAAUUAGCAGCAA